AUGGACAUUAGAGCUUUUGCGGUAUGGAAAGCAAUGUUCUUGAUUAUCGGCCUUCUGACUGCUGUGUAUGGAAUGUUCAUGUUCUUUUUGAAGGCCGGUUCCCCGGUCACUACUCGCUGGUUGACGGAUGAAGAGAAACGCGUUGCUAUAGAACGUCUCCGUGGAAACCAGCAAGGAAUAUGUAGCAAAGUAUUCAAGGGAAGUCAAUUCCGUGAGGCAUUCACAGACAUACGGUGGAAUCACGGUCUUUUUCACGGAACUCAUCGAGAGCUUUGGUUUCAAUGCGUAAAAAAGACUUUCCUCCUUGUCAUGCCUGGUGGUUUGGUUGAGGUAAUUUCUAUUGUUGGAAUUUGCUAUCUCGCUAAGAGGAUCGAAAACAGUAUCUUCUGCGCGGUUAUCGGACGGCUCCCUGGAUUACUCGGAAUGGUUCUCAUGAUGGAUCCAGAACUGGUACCACUGCAUUAA